AUGCUCAAGGAUAAAACGAAGGAUAGUCCAUUUAGUGAUGUAUCGAUGAACACUGCAUUACGGAUUAACUCGCUCACAUUUUUCUGCAGGCAGCAAACAAGAUCAGUAUUUGUUUCACGCCUUGUACGUGAUAACAAAGAAGACCACGCAACACAUUUGGAUCAGGAAUUUCUUGCAGAGAUACAGCGGAAGAUUGCAAGAAAUAAGCAGAUUUUACGAAAACACUCGUUAUCCCACAUCAAAGCUCGUGAGCUAAGCUCUUCAAUCGCCAAUCUUCGCAUUUCCAUGAAUAGCGCACAACAAAAGCAACGCGAAGCGUUUGACGCACAAGCGAAUUCUAUCGCUAAUAUUCCCUCUCAUGUAUCGAUAGAGAUUCUUGGUAAUGGUACUUGUCAUAUACGACCAUGCGUUGCUAUACGCACCCCUUUGAAGACCUACUUGUUCAACUGUCCGGAAGGGGCUUCACGGUUCUUACCUCAACUUCGCAUGAAAGCUUCCAACGUCAAUGAUAUUUUCGUCACUCGAUCUACAUGGGAUAAUAUAGCUGGAAUAUCGUCAAUUUUACUAUCAAAGGAGACAAACUGCUUAUCGACGCGGUUGCAUGGUGCACUCAACAUCAAACAUUUCUUGGAAUGUAUCCGACCAUUUCAGGAUUCCGAUUACGGGUCGAUCAAGUAUCCAUCGCAGGUAGAAGAGAGAUCAUAUACUAUGGAAAGUUACGAAGAUGCAGCUUUACGCGUUACUUACCUACCUUUGAGUACACCGUUCCGCGACGCUGAUGGUCAGACUGAGUUCUUAAAUGUGGCUUAUCUGGUCGAGCUGAAAGCACCACCAAGAAGAAUAGAUCCGUUGAAGCUGAUUGCGCUCAAGGUGCCAAAAGGACCACUCAUCGGAAAGCUGAAAAAUGGUGAAGCGGUCCAGUUGCCUGAUGGACGCGAAAUUCUUCCCGAUGAUGUGUUUUCUUGUGAAAGUCCUAAGGAAGAGCGACCGCGAGCUCUGUUUUUUGAAUGUUCUGGAGAGGCCCAUGUCAAAGCUAUUAGCGAAAAUUCCGUCAUCCAGCAAUUCAUCAACGGAACUGAGUGUAUCGAUCAUGUUGUUCACCUGAGCGAAGAAAACAUCAUCCAACUUCCUUCGUACGCAGAAUUUGUUGCCUCUCUUGGGUCAAACUGUCGACACGUCGUGGUCAACUCGUCCUGUCCAGUAAUCCCUAGUGUUGAAAGCAUCUACAGGAACCAUCGUCUCCUGAAUCAUAUAAGCCCCGAUUUGUUCCCACCACUGCAUCCAUUAGCUUGGAGUGGAUUGGUUACUCAAUCUAAUGAGUUGGCCGUUAACGAUGGAGUAUACACCAAAGUAGCUCCGCUUCAGCGGUUUUGGAUGAGGAUGGGAGGAGUUGGUGAAGACCCUAUCAUUGCGGACUUGCGCGAGACUGACUUGCAGCUGACGGAUAAGGCUAAGCAGAUGAUAAUAGAUUUCUGGCAAGAAACAGAGAAACUACGAGAGUCGUUUUCCGAGCCUUGCGAAUAUCCAAGAGUGUCUUUCUUGGGCACUUCGUCAGCUGUCCCGUCAAAAUAUCGCAAUGUCAGUUCGUACUUGCUAGAGACAAGCCCUACAUCCGCUGUACUUAUCGAUGUUGGAGAGGGAACAUAUGGGCAAUUACGGGUUCUGCUUGGAGAGGAAAAGUGUGCUGAACUUUUAUGCAAUCUCCAUGCUGUUUUUAUCACUCACGCCCAUCAGGAUCACAUGAAUGGCCUCUACACUAUUAUUGAACGGCGUAAAGAAGCCAUGAAUGCCUCAGGAAAAGCUUAUGUACCAUUGGUGCUAGUCUGCAAUCGUAAUGUACUAAAACCCUUGAAAACUUAUUCAAUGUGCUUCAAUGACCUUGAAUCUCUGCUGGAAAUAGUAGACAUCUCCAGACAUCCAAUCACACCUCCAGCUAGUCCUGGACCACCCACAAAACGGCGUAGAUUGCCAUCACCAGUGUUGUCUGCUUGCAGAAACGUCAUAGAACAGAUGCCACGACCGCUCUUCUCAGAGCAGGACUGGAACAUAGAAGAGAUCAAAGCAGUUCAGGUCCAUCACACAAGAAUGGCUAAUGGAUUCAUAUUCAAAGUUGGUGGCAAGCGAGUAGUAUUUUCCGGAGACACAAAACCUUGUGAUUUGCUUGUAAACGAAGGCCUCGAUGCCGAGUUGCUGGUUCAUGAGGCGACUUUUGAAGAUGGCCAUGAGGCAGAUGCUCUGAAAAAGAAACACUCUACAAUGGGCCAAGCUGUAGAAGUAGGACGAAAAAUGAAAGCCAAAAAUGUAAUUUUGACACACUUUAGUGCAAGAUAUCCAAAGGUGCCAGAGCUGCCGGCUUAUCUGGAGAAGUGCGGAAACGUGGGUGUCGCUAUGGACAAUCUUAGUGUGCGCUUUGAUCAGCUUGCUCUAGUACCUAAGCUGAUUCCAAUAUUCAGAGAAGUCUAUCAAGAAGAACUGUUCGAAAUUGAAUUGCGGAAGGAAUCGCGCAAUUUGAAGUUGAAGGAAGAGCGAGAGAACAAACAGAAAACGGAGCUCAAAGCUCGAGAGAACACUGCAAACUUUGCCACUAGUUGACAUAAUUGUUACCGUUGUUGUUGUUAUGUUAUAACAGAAUUAGAUUGUUAUAAAUCUGUGAUACGGGUUUGGAUGCUUCCCACAGCG